AUGGUGAAGGAAAAAAUGCCUGGCAGUGUAGCUAGUUUCUCAUAUGGAAGCACAGACAACACAUUCUUGUCAAUGACACUCUGCUUCAAUCCUGCUAUAGAAGGAUUCUUGGCUGGAUGUAGGAAAAUCAUUGGAUUGGAUGCUUGCCAUUUGUAUGGGAAGUAUGGUGGUGUGUUACUGGUUGCAACAGGUCUAGAUGGUCAGAAUGGUUUAAUACCUCUUGGUAUAAUGGUGUGUAGGAAUGAAACCAUUGAGAACUGGAAGAUUUUUCUCAAAGACUUGAAAGCUAUACUGGGUCAAGACUUGCAUUUCACCAUUAUAUCAGACAAGCAGAAGGGGAUUAGUGAAGCUUGUGACAAAUACUUCUGCUUGGAUGAGCACAGAUUAUGUUUCAGCUUACAUGUUCAUUUCUGGAAUGCUGCCAAAUGUUACAAGAAGAGACACUAUCAGCAACACAUGGAUAAAUUAUUUGUUGAGGAUGAAAAAGCUGCACUGUAUCUCAUAGAUCAAAAACCUGAAAGCUGGUCUAGGUCUCAUUUCUCAAAUGACAGCAAGUGUGAGCACAUCAACAAUAAUUUCUCAGAGUCUUUCAAAAACAUGGCCAAGCCCUUUAGAGAUAAGCCAAUCAUUACACUUGCACAAAUGUAUAAUAAACUGGUGAUGGGUCUUUUCUUCAAGAGGAGGAAUGAAAGUGAAAACUGGCAGGAUGGUGAGAUAGUUCCAAAGGCAAUGAAGUUGAUUACAAAGAUGCAGGACUUAAAUCAUCUGUUUGAGUUAACUGGAGCUGUAAGGGGAAGGGUGUAUGAGGUCAGGAGUAUUCAUGAUGUUGUGUUUGUUGUGGAUCUUUCCAAAAAGAGUUUUAGUUGUUUGCAGUGGCAGCUGAGGGGAUUUCUCUGUCAACAUGCUAUAGUUGCUUUAACACCAUUGAGACCAAACUGGGUUGACUACUGUGACCCUGUAUACAGUGUGGAAUACUACAAAAAGACAUAUGCUCCAGAGUUUGAACCACUGUCAGCUGAAAUUGAUUGGUGUAAGAAGUGUGGAGUUUAUGGUCACUAUGCAAUAACUUGUGCUGGUGGAGAGGUUGGAAAGAAUACAAAGGGAGAAAAACCUAGAACCUGUGUUGAUGGCUCAACAUCAUCUACUCAUGUCCCUGAACCACCAAAAAGGAAGUACAAUAGAAAGAAACCGGUUGUUAGUGCUUCUGCAGGUGCAUCUACUACUGCUAAGGAUGGAAUGAAGAACCAAAACAAUUCAGAAUCUUCUAAACAAGGUGCUGCAAAAAGGGAGAAAGAGAAAGGAUUCUUCUCAACCUGCUUUCAAUCAUACUAA